AUGACCGAAGAUGCUAAAGAAAGAAAGCAGAAAAUCAAAGAGAUUUACCGUUAUGAUGAAAUGUCAAAUCAGGUACUACGCGCUGAUAGAAGUUUGAUAGAGAACAGGACGGAUGUGCAUCGUGAUGCGGAAAUAUCACAGCCGAAGUCUAUGUCUGGUAGAAUCAGGCUUACUGAAAUGGGAUCUGCCGUUAAGGAGAACGGAUUAGAAGAUAACGAGCGUGCUACAGCAGAGAAAGAAUUCGAAAAGCGUAUGAAAAGCUCAUCGCCUCAGCAGACGAAUAGCUCAAGGCUGGACAGAACCACGGUACUUGACGAUAUAACGUCUUUGAACUACAUACCGACUGAUGAUAGAAAUACUGAGAUAUACGAUGAGAUAACUACAUGGUGUUCUGAGAUACUCGGUGAUGAUAUACCGCAUUCCAUUAUAGUAGACGCAACAGAUUUGAUAAUAGUAACUUUGAAGCAGGAUGAAAGUGUAGACCUAGAGAGCAAGAAAAAGACUAUUGAAGUAGCUUUGGAUACUGAAUUAGACAACGCUUCAUUCAACUCACUUGUAAAGCUCGUGAAAAGUAUCUCUGAUUACUACGCAGAAUCCGCCGAUACCGGUAGAACAGUAAAUGUAGCGAUAAAUCCCAAUGAAGAUGAUGACGAAGCAGAAGAAGAAGAGGAACCAAAUGCUCUACUAGAAGCUGUAGAUGACGUGGCAGGGGAAGAGGCCGAUGAAGAAGCGGGUUAUAAUGAAAAAACAGACAAUAGUAAUGAUAAUUUUUCUGUACGAAGUGACAUAAUGAAUAAUUCAGAAUCUUUGCAAAUACAGAGUGCAGCUGUCAUGGAAGAAAUAAUAGAUAUCAAAGAUAUUGAUGGAUUUUAUCUUCAGAGGAAGAUCAGGAAACAACUGAAAAAUAUUGAAGAGACAAAGGUUCAGGAAAUGGCCAAUAACGUAUACGACCUGCUCGCAAACGACAUCUCUGAAGAGGAACUGACCCAAAAUCUCCACGAUAUUUUCGGACCUGAUGCGAAACAAUUGAUUAGGCUAAUAGUCUCAAAUAGGGAGACAUUGUACUGGGGUCACAACUUACAGAGGUCUGCGAACGAGAACAUUGACGAAAUUCUAGGGGAAAUGGCACAAAGAAAUUUAUCACACUUGGUAGAAGCAUAUAAGGCGAAACCUGAUUCUGCUAAAAGAAAGUUGAAUUCAGAGCCAGAAGUUGGAACCAAAAAACAAAAAAUAGAAGCUGAAGAUGAACCCAAAGUAAUUGCCCUCGAUGACCUUAAAUUAUCGCAGAAUACCAAGUUUUUGUCAGACGUGAAAAUUUCGUUACCUGAAAACUCAUUCAAAAGAGUCAAAGAUAGCUAUGAAGAAAUUCACGUUCCCCCGCCCAAGAAGGUUGAUGACAAUUUCCCGCUUGUACAGAUCGAGAGCCUACCGAAAUGGGCUCGCAGUGCUUUCCCUACGUCUGAAACGACUUCACUAAACAGAAUUCAAUCUGAGGUCUACCCCACUGCUUUCAAUACAGACGCUAAUGUAUUACUAUGUGCCCCCACAGGUGCUGGUAAAACUAACGUAGCAAUGUUGACUGUACUAAGAGCAAUGUCCCAUUACUAUCGGGAAGAGAGAAAUGCCUUCGAUUUGAAAAAAUUUAAAGUGGUUUAUAUCGCACCGCUCAAGGCAUUGGUACAAGAACAAGUCAGAGAAUUUCAAAGAAGGUUACAUCAUUUUGGAGUGAAGGUAGCAGAGCUUACAGGUGAUUCCAACUUAUCUAAGCAGCAAAUCGAAGAAACCCAACUCUUAGUAGCAACUCCGGAAAAAUGGGAUGUAAUCACAAGAAAAUCAACAGACACUAGCUUUCACAAACUCGUACGUUUGAUCAUCAUAGAUGAGGUCCAUUUAUUACAUGAUGAAAGAGGUCCGGUCAUUGAAUCAAUAGUAGCAAGGGUUCUACGGGACACAACGGCAGAAAUUCCUACGAGGCUUGUUGCACUUUCUGCCACUUUACCAAACUACAUUGACGUGGCCAAGUUCCUUCAUGUUCCUGAUAAUGGCUUAUUUUAUUUUGAUUCAACUUUCAGGCCAUGUCCUUUAGCACAACAGUAUUGUGGCAUCACUGAGAAAAAUGCUUUAAAGAAGAAGAAUGCCAUGAACCAGGCAUGCUAUGAUAAAUUAUUGGAGGCCGCAAAAGAAGGACACCAAGUUAUCAUUUUCGUUCAUUCGAGAAAGGAUACUGCUAGAACUGCUAGGUGGCUUAUUCAAAAACUUAUAAAUGAAGAUAAAAUAAGUGCGUUCCAAGGUACCGAUAAAGGUUCCUUGGAAAUCCUCAAGACAGAAUCCAGUAAUGCUACUGAUAGAUCGCUCUCCGACCUUAUACCUUAUGGAUUCGGUAUCCAUCAUGCAGGCCUUACAAAGGAUGAUAGAUCUUUAUCCGAAGACCUUUUUGCUGAUGGUUUGCUAAAAGUUCUUGUUUCCACAGCAACUUUAGCAUGGGGUGUUAACCUUCCUGCCCACACUGUCAUAAUUAAAGGUACAGAAAUGUAUUCACCGGAGAAAAGUGAUUGGGUCAUGCUUCCCCCACAAGAUAUCCUUCAAAUGUUAGGAAGAGCUGGUAGGCCGAGAUACGACGUAAAUGGUGAAGGGAUCAUUAUUACAAACCAAUCAGACGUACGUUAUUAUCUCGCUGUGUUGAACCAACAACUCCCUAUAGAAUCUCAAAUGAUUUCAAAAGUUGUUGAUAAUCUUAAUGCUGAAAUAGUUCUAGGUAACGUCACCUCACUAGAUGAAGCAGUUAACUGGUUGGGUUAUUCCUAUUUAUCAGUACGGAUGAAGCAAUCACCUCAUUUAUACAACUUGCAAGGUUCUUCAGGAGACAUGAGUGAUGCUGAGCUCAUAAGAGUCAACAGAAAUAUUGUGCAUACGGCGUUGAAUUUAUUACAGAAUAACGGUCUUGUAAACUAUGACUCUCUUUCUAAGUCGGUACAACCAACUGAGCUAGGUAGAAUAUCCUCUCAUUUCUACAUAAGUUAUUCGUCAAUUGCAAAAUACAACCGGGAGUUAACAAUAAACAGCACUUUGAUCGACAUUCUGAGAAUAUUUGCUAUGUCAGAAGAGUUUAAGAACAUUACCGUAAGACAAGAAGAGAAAACUGAAUUAGAGAAACUCGUCGAGCGUUGUCCAAUUCCGAUCAAGGAGAAGGCUACUGAUUCAUUAGCCAAGGCAAACAUUCUACUUCAGGUGUACAUUUCAAAAUUACGAUUGGAGGGGUUCGCUUUAAAUGCGGAUAUGAUUUACAUUUCUCAGAGCGCAGGUAGACUUUUCAGAGCACUCUUCGAAAUGUGCUUAAGAAAAGGAUGGCCAAGACUAACCAAGCUUCUGCUUACCAUCUGUAAAUGCGUCGAUAGCAGAAUGUGGCCCACGAACUCACCAUUUAGGCAAUUCAAGAGAUGCCCUCAAGAAAUCAUAAGACGAGCAGAAGCGUCUGGUUUACCCUGGAACGAUUUCUUACUGUUGAAGAAUGCUCAUGAGGUAGGCGAAGCCUUAAGAUCUCCAAAAAAUGGUAAAGUUGCUUUCGAUUUGCUUCAAAGAUUCCCGAAGAUUGGCAUUCACUGCGCAAUGCAGCCAGUUACAAAUUCACUACUUCGUUUUGAGUUGGAACUCCAACCUACAUGGAUCUGGGAUCUGGAUUCCAGCAGCUAUUCUGAAACAUUCCUUGUUCUUGUCGAAGACACAGACGGUGAACAAACAAUUUAUCAUGAGACAUUGCAUGUUGGGAGAAAUGCAAUAAACAGCAUUGUGUAUCUUGACUUUGUUGUAUUUUUGAAGCAGAAAAUGUUACCGCCGAACUAUUUUGUAUCCGUUAUAUCAGAAAAAUGGCUAAACUGUGAGUACAAGAUUCCUGUUAUUUUGAGUGAAAUAAAAUUACCUAAACCAUUCCCUCCUGCAAUAUCUGUUUCUGAUUCAAUUAAGAAAAGUACCAAGGAACUACAAAUUGAUGAAUUUGAGGCGUUAUACAAUUUCCAUUCUUUCAAUAAAGUUCAAACUGAAGUUUUCGAUACAUUAUACCAUGAAACUGAAAACGCACUAAUAUGUGCAACAAAAGGUUCCGGUAAAACAAUAAUGGCAGAACUUUCAUUAUUGAACCAUUGGAGAGAAGGCAGAGGACGUGCGAUUUACAUUUGUCCAUUCAAAACCAAGAUAACUGAACUUCUAAAGAAUUGGAAAAAGCGAUUCUCACAUUUGGCUGGUGGAAAACUGAUCAAUGCUUUUUCUGGAAAUUUGCAGCACGAUCAAAAACAAUUAGCCCAAUCUCAUCUAAUAUUAGCUACUCCGAAUGAAUUUGAAUACCUGUCUCGUCGCUGGCCGGAAAGAAAAAACAUUCAAAGAAUAGAACUAAUUAUUUGUGAUGACAUCCAUGAAAUAGGCAACGAGAUAAUUGGACCGAUGUAUGAAAUCAUAAUUACGAGAAUGAUUUUCAUUGCAACACAAUUGGAGAAGAAUAUAAGGAUUGUGGGGCUUGGAACCCCACUUGCCAACGCAAAGGAUUUCGGAGAAUGGUUAGGUGCAAAAAAAUCAAGUAUUUUCAAUUUUACUGCUUUAGAAAGGCAAACACCCUUGACAGUCGAUAUCGAAACUAGCAUUUUAGUAAAAAGCCCUACUUCUAAUCGAAUGGCCCUAACUGAGAUCGUUGAAAGUAGUAAUCGUGUCGCCUCACCCGAUGAAACUAUAACAGUUUUCGUCACUGACAGAUAUGAAUGCGUUUCUUUCGCGACAGAACUCGUUGGUCUCGCUGUUGCUAAAGGCAUUGAUCUUCUUAGAGCAGAGGAAUCCAGUUUACACUCGUAUCUCAACAAGGUCCAGGACAGCAACCUCAAGACACUGUUGCAAAGUGGUAUAGGAAUUCUAUACCAAGGUAUGCAUUAUUCCGAUAGGAAUGUAGUCCGUAAGCUCCAUGAAUACAAGGUGAUAUCGAUUUUGGUUGCAAGUAGGGAUUGUUGUUUUGAUGCCCCUUCAUCAAGUUUUGUCUUUGUUACUACAACUCAAUAUUUUGAAGGCAGGGAGAACAGAUACAUCGAUUAUCCUGUAAAUACUAUUCUUGAGAUGAUGGGAACAGCGUUUACGGCGUCAAAUAAACAGCAAGCACAUGCAAAACUAAUCACCACAAUGCAAAGGAAGGAAUACUAUAAAAAAUUCCUUUGUGAUGGGUUACCAACGGAGAGUUCUCUGCCAUACCAUGUUAUUGAUUUACUUACAACGGAGUUUGCAAACCAAACAUUAGAAACCAAGCAAGACUGUAUCGACCUUUUAACUUACACUUAUCUAUAUCGUAGAAUACAUGCAAAUCCAAGUUUCUACGGUAUUCAAGAUGUGACUGCAGACGAAAUUUCCUCCUAUUUAACAGAAUUAGUAGAGGAAGCAGUAACAACCAUGAAGGAAACCGAGCUUAUAUCAGUUGAAGGGGAAGCGAACGAUUCCACAGAAAUUGCAGAGGAGGUAAUUUCCCCGAAUAAUGCCUGUCUUAUUUCUGCUAUCCAUGCCGUAAGUUGUUUAACGAUAUGCAAUUUUAGCCGAGCAGCAUCAAGAUCACUAAGAAUGAGCGGUAUUCUUGAAAUUUUGUCUUCAAGUGAAGAGUUUAAGACAUUGCCUCUUAGAUUACAUGAUAUAAAGCCAUUAAGAAAAUUAUACGACAUUUCACCUUUGAAGUUGUCCUCCGAAUUCGAUCCACGCUCCACAACAGCCAAGGUUUUUGUGUUAUUGCAGGCCCAUUUUUCAGGUCUUCAUUUACCCAUGGACUUAUCACUUGAUUUGUCUGAAAUCCUUUCAAAAGCACCUAGCUUAGCAGGAACAAUGGUAGAUAUAUUGUCAAUGAACGGUUAUUUGAAUGCCACUACUGCUAUGGAUUUAAGUCAAAUGAUUGUUCAAGGUGUGUGGGAUACUGAUUCACCUUUGAAACAAAUUCCAUUCUUUGAUACAGACAUCUUGGAGAAAUGCAAAAACCAUAAUGUAGAAACAGUUUAUGACGUGAUGGCUUUAGAGGAUGAAGAAAGAGAAGAUAUCAUCACUUUACCGGAAAAUAAGUUGAAUAAAGUCGCAGAAUUUGUCAACAGUUAUCCAAACAUUGAGUUGAAGUAUGCUCUAGAUAUGUCAGCACCGAUGAAACCUCACGACAAAAAAAUGGUUACUGUAACAGUAAGUAGAGAUGAAGAACCAGAAACACUAAAUGUUAGCUCAAAGUCGUUGCCACAUGAAAAAACUGAAGCAUGGUGGAUAUUCAUCGGUGAAAAGAGCUCCAGGCAGCUAUAUGCUAUCAGGAAGAUCGCGCUUACAAAAAUGACCCAGGACUACGAAUUGGAAAUCGAAUUGGAAGAUCCUGGUGAUCAUGAACUAACAAUAUGGUGUGUAUGUGAUUCUUACUUGGAUGCCGAUAAGGAAGUAACAUUUAAUGUUAACAUCGCAUAG